CUGAGCUGUCAAAUUUCUAAGGCACAGUUAGCUGUCGGUGAUAAACUGUAGAAAAUGUUGCAAAAACAUUAGGAUUCCUUAAAAAUUAAGUGCAAUUUACUCGUGCAAUAAAAAUGCCAAAACAACUAAGUUGUCCUAAAUACUGAAAGGCAGUGAGACAGCUAGGUUCUUACUUAAAUUGUGUUGCUAAACCAACAUGCUAAUUAUUCAAUAACGAUAGAUUUAAUACAUAAUGACUGAAAACAUGACAUCGUGAGUUCAUAGUUCAUGUGUUCACAAGUGGUCUGACUGUAUGCGUGCUGGUAGUGAGAAUAAACUGUGUUUACAAAACAAAUGGUUGUAAUUAAGUGUGUGUAAAGAAGAUUUUCUUACCAUGGGGCAGACCGGUAGUGCUAUGCCUGCGCCUCGCACUUCCUGCACAGGCGGCACUCCAAACAACCUGCCGCCCCUGGGCUUCCACAGUGUCCAUGGGGAGAAUGUCAGGGUGUCCAGAGAUGGCUCUGUGGCGAGGAGGGUGGAGUCUUUCUGCAAGGGAGUCGCGUUCAGCGCAAGACCUGUGCGGGUUAACGAAAAGGUGUGCCUUCGUUUCGUCGAGAUUUCAAACAGCUGGAGCGGCGUAAUCCGCUUCGGUUUCACGAGCCACGACCCCGCGUCGAUCGUGCACUCCCUCCCCAAAUACGCCUGUCCAGACCUCACGAACAAGCCUGGCAAUUGGGCCAAAGCUUUAGGCGAAAGAUUCUGCGAAAAGGACAACAUACUGCAUUACUACGUGAAUUCAGCGGGAGACGUACACUUCGGCAUCAACGGGGAAGACAAAGGACUCUUCUUCACAGGAGUGGACACGAGAAACCCUCUAUGGGCCCUCGUAGACGUAUACGGGAACUGCACAGCGGUGCAAUUCGCAGAUCCACGCGUCCCGAACCAAGUGAGAAGACCUAAUCAAAGUCCGAUUGACGAAGAGAGAUUAGCUGGCAGCAUGAGGUCUUUGAGCGUCGACGAACCACUGCCCCCGCCUAGAUACGCUAAUCCUCUGGUGCCGCUCAGCUUACACAGAACUAAAGGAAGGAAUGUCCAAUUUGUAAACGAUAGAGGUGUCGCUGCAAGAGUGGAUGCAGAAUUUUGCCAAGGAUACGUGUUCACGGCGCGACCUAUGCGCCCUGGGCAAACGAUUGUCGUUCAAAUAUUAGCGACAGAAUCUGCAUACGCCGGCAGCUUAUCCAUCGGUCUGACUUCCUGCGACCCGGCUAGUUUGAGGCCUUGCGAUUUGCCGGCAGACGCGGAGCUACUCCUAGAUCGUCCCGAGUACUGGGUCGUUCGACGGGACGCGGCAAACGGCUUGGGGCGAGGUGACGAGUUGGCUGUAACAUUGACAAUGGAUGGAGAAGUGAGAGUGAGCAGGAAUGGCUCGACUCCGAUUACCGUGAUGCACGUAGACCACACGCUGAGGCUGUGGGCCUUCGUGGAUAUAUACGGGGCGACGCAGAAGGUCAGGAUGUUGACGUCGCAGGCUGUGACGUCACCGCCGCAGCAGUUGAGGGUUUUGACGGGAACUGCCGCUCCUAUAGCGGGGUCGGGCGGCACCGUGCUGGUGGUCAGCCUGCCGCCGCAGAAUGCUGCGCAGAACGCCGCCAACCAUCAGCAGGGACUGACGCUCGCCAGUGCGCAUUAUAUUGAGCCGAUCCAGGCAUCGUCACAGCUAUGCUUAGCCGGCCUCCAGUCGGUAUCAAGCCAACCGCCUUGCAACCCAUUACCGCAGCCGUCGUAUCAACAGCCCAGGCCCAGGACAGAAGCCCAGUGCAGCUCUAGCACUCAGAACAGCUGCAACGAACAAGCCCAAAUGCCCAACGGCCACGAACCCUUAAGGCUGGAGAGGAUACCAAACGGACCUUCAACGAGCAGGCAGCCUAUCUACUCAGUCAUAGGAGACACCCAAGGCCAACUGACCGGAACAGAGUGCACUAUUUGCUACGAAAACCCCAUAGACAGCGUUCUAUAUAUGUGCGGACAUAUGUGCAUGUGCUAUAGAUGUGCUGUCCAACAGUGGCGAGGCAAAGGUGGGGGUCAAUGCCCUCUGUGCCGAGCACAGAUCAAAGAUGUAAUCCGUACCUACAAAUCUUGAUGUGUGACUGAAAACAAUAUUAUGCCAAAUAGGACUGAGUUGAGAUCGGAAUGUGUGGUCUAGCGUUGUCAGUGGUGAAAAAGUGAAAGUUUUUUUUUUUAAUAUAAUACAUGUAUAUUGUAACGUAUUCGGGAACUUAAUAUAUUUAUGGAUUGAUUAAUUUAAUAUAUAUAUAUAACGAAUCUGUGUAUAUUCAAAUGAUAUGUUUAGGAAUUGUUUGUUCGACAUUUAUUUGACAUCGACAACAGAAAUUAUUAUGUGCGACUUUUUCAAUUACACAUUAAUUUGAUGGUUAGUGGUGAUUUGAAGUUUGUCAUUGUAUGAGUUUACGAUUGAUUCGUGAUACCGUUGUUUAAUAAAUGAUGGAAAUCUCAAAAGACAAGUGUGAAAUGUAUAAAACUUGUGCUCAUUGUCUCUGAUGCAAUUUUGACAUUAUCUCGAAGACUAAAGCUACCGUUAGCUAUUACAUAAAGUGUCAUUUUUAUCUUCGACGGAAUGUAACGUCUUUUCUAAGAAGCGAGGCUAUGUUAUAUAUAACUAUGUAUAAAAUCGUUGUUAGUUGCGCUAAGUAUUAGGAGGUAGGUAUAUAAAUAAACAGGCGGACAAUUUGUGAAAUUCGUUAGGUUAUAAUUAUGUCAAUUCAAAAAGAAACAACAAAUUUUGGCGCCAAUUUUUGACACUUAUUGUUUAUGGUUUACGAGGUGUGUACUUUUGUCUUGUCUUACGGGUUUCGCCGACAUGUGAUGAUAAAUUAUAACCUAAACUUUUGACAAUAUUGACAUAAUUCUAGACAAAUAUAAGUGGUUUUGUUUAAAGCUACAUCUAUUUGCCUAGUCCCGAAACUAGGCUUAACUAUCUGCAAACGAGAUAUUUACGUCCAUGAUAUAUGAUUAAUAAUAAUAAUUGGUGAUAGAGUUAUUGCAUUUAAUAAUUUUAAAUUCCUAUCAUACUUAUAUGUUUACUUUUGUAUGUUAACGUUACCAGUAGGGUUGAUAUGUAAUGUUAAAAAACAAAUAAACACACUAUUCUCUGGUUAGAUAAAAAAAUAACACAACAGAAGUUAUAAUUUGAACGCAGCGACUAUUUCUAAACGAAACCGGAAAUAGUAAAUCUACAGAUACGAAAGUCUAUGAUAGAAAAAAAAAUAUUUAAAAAAGAAACAAUAAAUAGUACGAAAAGGAGUUCCUACAAAUGAUUCUGUGCGAUUUUACCAUACAGUAGAUCGAAUAUUUAGCGAAAAUGAGCCAGUAGAUAGUAUGCUACCAUGCUGUGUUGCCAGUGCUAAAUUAUUCGAAUCUGAAGUGGUAAAACCGUACAUAAGAUGAUAUCAUUUUGAAAUUAUCGUCAAUAUUUUUUUGCAAUAGCUUUAAUUCGGAUUUACUUCAUAUAAAUAAAUAAAGUAAAGGACUUUCACUUAACAUAAUAUGCAGUGAAAGCUAUUUGUUUUGUAAUCUAAGAAAAUUAUUCCUUCACAUUGCUCAAAUUUCUUUCUUUCAUUCUAUGCAUAUCAUAAAAAUAUAUCCUGAUUAUGGUUUGACUGCCUUAUAAACUAAGUAUGAAGUUAAAGUGUUUUUCUAUCUGUAAAGCAAUAUUAAACUUUAUAUUGUAUUAUGAAAUGAAUAAAUGAAGUUAGUCAAAAAACCGGUUAUACCAUAAUCAAAAUUAUAUUUAGAAUCAGACUGAUUCUUAUCUUACAUAUCUUUACCUACUACGAUUUCUUUAUAUGUAAUCAUUCCUAUAAUAUAUGUAUGUAUAAUACCAUCAUUACCAGUUGAUUUUGUCUAUACCAAAUCUUUUUGAAGCCAGUUUUUUUUUGUAUAUUUAAUUAUUAUGUAACUUUAAUAAAGCACUUUUGAACGGGGUUUGGAUUAAUAUUUUAAUAUUAUACGAGUUUUGGAUCUGUUUAAGUUAUCAUGCCAACAUACUUACUUGGUGACUCGUUUAAUAGUGUUUUAUUAUGAAAUGAGGAGUGUACGCGCAAUAAUAAUGAAACAGAAAUAAUGCUGAACGUUUAUUGCAUUAUGGAUAGGAAAUAUUGCUGCAACAAUUUUUUCAUUUACAUUUUAACACAUGUAGAGGAUGUAAAUGCAAGUAUUGUUGCUGGGUCCAUUGUAAAUGUUAAAACAAAUAUAUUAGGGCAUAUUAAUUCAUAUUUUGUAGCAUAUAUUUAUUUUGUACUCGUAAGGCAAUUAGUUGACACAAGCGGGAAAGGAAAGUUGCGGUUCUCACAACAUAACUAAAAGUAGGACCCUAAUUUUUUUUUUCUCGUGAUAAUAAUAAUACAGAAACUUUACCAAAACAGUGUGACCAGUUAAAAAAUAAAUAACAAAACCACGACUAUGUUUGAAGCCAAAUCUUAUAUAAGUGUUUAUUAAGAUUGUAAAUAUACGAUGUAAGUGAGAUCGGAAUGUUAGCAUGUGUUGGCAUUGUGUGGAGAUUGCUUUUAUUUUAGACGAAGACAAUAAACUGAUUCUAGUAUAUUUAAGUACUGUCCACCAGGCCGAUAAGUGUGAAAGAGACAAAACGAUCGUGUUGCAAAUAAUUCGAAUAAGUAUUAGCUGCACCAUGGCUUUAUCUCUUUCUACAGAGUUAUCAAUUUCAAUCAUAAAGUCGAUCAGUCCAUUUUCUAUAUCAACCCAUGGUUUUCACAUAUUUGCCUUAAGGUUUGUGUUGCAAUUGUACAAAUUAAACACCAAUUACCAAGAAAUUGAUCCCCAACACGUGCUAACGAUUCGCAGACCAAGUUGUAUGUGAUAAUUUAUUAUUAUUAUUACUUGUAAUUAUCCUUUUUUAUUAUUUACUCGAGCUUGGUCCGUGUACAGCGUUGUCAUCUAGUCGUUAGUAAUUUAUUUCCUUUUUUUUUGAGAAAAAAAAUCUUACUUGUAAACGAUGUUGGAUUUUAAAUUAAGUUUUCGAAUAAAAAUUGGUUAUCUCG